AUGGAUCAGACGUUGCUGCUCUCCGUGCUGCUGAGUCAGCUGUGUUGGUCAGUGUCUCUGGACCUUCAGUACCACUUUAUAGAUAAGAAGAUGUCGUGGUCUGAGGCUCAGAGUCACUGCAGAGAGCAGCACACAGACCUGGCCUCAGUGAACGACAUGAAGGACCUGAAGAACCUGAAGGCUGCUGCAAACGGACGCACGGACGCCUGGAUCGGACUUCAUCAAACCAGUGACAACCUCACAGACAGGAAAUGGCACUGGUCUCAGCCCACAGUCAGAUACAAGGAAGGAGAAGCUCAGUGGAAACAAGGGGAACCUAAUGAUUAUAUAGGACCUGAAAACUGUGGCAGGAUGUACAGUAAUGGCCUGUGGAAUGAUCAAUACUGUCAUGAUAAACUCUAUACUCGUUGUUUUAUCUGCUACAACGACUCCUCCAACACUACUGUCAUGAUCUCUAACAAAGGAACCUGGUUAGAGGCUCAGCAGUUCUGCAGAACUAACCACACUGACCUGAUGAGUGGACUGGACCAGUACAAACUGUUUCAGGAACAGAACCUUAUGAAUUUUUCAGAGUGUUGGAUCGGUCUGUUCCGGGACACCUGGAGCUGGUCCGACAGAAGCGACUCCUCUUUCAGAAACUGGAACUCACACACAUCGAUAAAUCCAGAGACAAAGAAAUGUGCAGCACUGGGAGCCGAGGGCCGAUGGGAGAGCGACGACUGUGGACUAAAGAAAAGCUUCAUCUGUGAAGGAGCUCCGAAGAGAAAAAAGACUUUGGUGAAAAUAAAAAUUUCCUCACCAGUGGAUCCCAACAAAUUCAGCUCCGAAAUAUUGCAACAGCUGCAAGCACAGUUUGAAGCGAACAACCUGGGAGACGUCAAACUGACCUGGAAGAAAGACGAAAACCAACCCUCCCGAUCCCUCCCGGCUGGCUCUUGUCCUGUGGACCCAGCGUGCGUGUCGUCCCCGGUGCAUGUGGCGUCUCCCAAUGGUGACAGUGGCCCGCGGCUCUGCUGCUCCCCUCGGCUCCGUACGUGCUCACACCUGUUCGUUUAUCCGCCCUUUGUCCGCCACUUCAUGCUCCCGAUGUUGGGCGUCCUCGUCAGGUCCAAGGCGCAAUCCCCUCGGGCCCACGGCCGCGGCUCUGCAACUCCUCCGACCUAUCUCUCCGACCUCCCUCCUUCUUCUUCUUCUUCUUGUUGCAGUCAGCUGUGUUGGUCAGUGUCUCUGGACUUUCAGUACCACUUUAUAGAUAAGAAGAUGUCGUGGUCUGAGGCUCAGAGUCACUGCAGAGAGCAGCACACAGACCUGGCCUCAGUGAACGACAUGAAGGACCUGAAGAACCUGAAGGCUGCUGCAAACGGACGCACGGACGCCUGGAUCGGACUUCAUCAAACCAGUGACAAACCCACAGACAGGAAAUGGCACUGGUCUCAGCCCACAGUCAGAUACAAGGAAGGAGAAGCUCAGUGGAAACAAGGGGAACCUAAUGAUUCUGGAGGAAAUCAGAACUGUGUAGAGAUGUACAGUGAUGGCCUGUGGUAUGAUUAUCAAUGUUCAUAUGAAAGCGUUUGUUUUAUCUGCUACAACGGAACAGAACCCUUGGCCUUCUUCAUGGUGUUGGAUCGGUCUGUUCCGGGACACCUGGAGCUGGUCCGACAGAAGCGACUCCUCUUUCAGAAACUGGAACUCACACACAUCGAUAAAUCCAAAGACAAAGAAAUGUGCAGCACUAGGAGCCGAGGGCCGAUGGGAGAGCGACGACUGUGGACUAAAGAAAAGCUUCAUCUGUGA